AUGAAUUCCACGCUUCCCCAGGAUCAGUCGGGCACUCCGCCCGAUCAGCAACAGCCUCCGCAACCAGUGCCAUUUGCCACGUCGGCCCAAUCGGCCGCUUCGACGGCUCUUCAAAACGAUUUGGAGGUGCUUUUUAGUCGGCAUCGCAUCGACGUUUCGAACGUUUUCAGGAAAUCUUCAACACGGCGCCUCCCACCCAGCCGGCCACCUUUUCCGACGGCGGUCUGGCUCCAGUGACAACAAUCGGAGCCGCCGGGCUAUCGAUCGGCGAAACGACGAACACCUCGCUGGGUGCACAGCUUCAGGGCGUUGAUGUGCAGGGACAACUUCCGGGGUGAGCGAUAGGAAUGGUUUUGCAGGGCGGUGUGCGACGAGGAUUCCUUGUACCCCCUCCGUGUCGCCAAAAGUUUCAAAGUCGAGUUUUUUCAGUGACACCCAUACGGGCCUCCAAUUCCAAUGCCCUCGCCGUCCGAACCACGGAGUCGAAGGUCGUGCCAUUCUCCUGCGCGCCAAUCACUUUGCGGUUCGCAUCCCCGGCGGAACCAUCCAACACUACCAGGUGGACGUGUCGCCGGACAAGUGCCCGCGUCGAGUCAAUCGCGAGAUCAUCAACUGUCUGAUUCACUCGUUCUCCAAGUACUUCACCAACGUUCGUCCGGUCUACGACGGAAAACGGAACAUGUACACCCGCGAGCCGUUGCCGAUUGGCCGCGAACGCAUGGAUUUCGACGUGACGCUUCCCGGCGACUCGGCCGUCGAACGUCAAUUCGCCGUCUCCCUCAAAUGGGUCGGACAAGUCUCGUUGUCGACUUUGGAGGACGCGAUGGAAGGAAGAGUGCGUCAGGUUCCGUUCGAGUCGGUGCAGGCGAUGGACGUGAUCCUCCGCCAUCUGCCGAGUCUCAAGUACACGCCCGUCGGCCGUUCCUUCUUCUCGCCACCAGUACCCGGAGCGCCGCCAGCAUCCGGACCCCACCAGGGACAGUACCAAAGCGCCGAGAGCAAGCUCGGCGGAGGUCGUGAAGUCUGGUUCGGAUUCCAUCAAUCCGUGCGUCCGUCGCAAUGGAAGAUGAUGUUGAACAUUGACGUCUCGGCGACCGCCUUCUACCGCUCGAUGCCCGUCAUCGAGUUCAUCGCCGAGGUGCUCGAGCUGCCGGUCCAGGCGCUCGCCGAACGACGUGCGCUCUCCGACGCCCAACGUGUCAAGUUCACCAAAGAGAUCCGCGGGCUCAAGAUUGAGAUCACGCACUGUGGACAGAUGCGCCGAAAGUACCGCGUGUGCAACGUGACUCGUCGUCCGGCUCAAACUCAAACGUUCCCGCUCCAACUCGAGACGGGCCAGAACAUUGAGUGCACCGUCGCCAAAUACUUUUACGACAAGUAUCGCAUUCAGCUCAAGUAUCCGCAUCUUCCGUGUCUUCAGGUAAGAGAUUUCAAUAAAUUCUCAAUGUAACAUUUGUUCAAUUUACAGGUCGGACAAGAGCAAAAGCACACGUACCUGCCGCCAGAGGUGUGCAACAUUGUGCCAGGACAACGGUGCAUCAAGAAACUGACGGAUGUCCAGACGUCCACAAUGAUCAAGGCGACGGCUCGUUCGGCGCCAGAACGCGAGCGUGAGAUUAGCAACCUUGUGCGGAAGGCCGAGUUCUCGGCGGAUCCGUUCGCCCACGAGUUUGGAAUCACCAUCAAUCCGGCCAUGACGGAAGUCAAAGGACGUGUCCUCUCGGCGCCGAAACUCUUGUACGGAGGACGUACUCGUGCGACGGCACUGCCGAACCAGGGCGUGUGGGACAUGCGCGGCAAGCAGUUCCACACUGGAAUAGACGUUCGCACGUGGGCCAUCGCCUGCUUCGCCCAACAGCAACACGUCAAGGAGAACGAUCUGCGCAUGUUCACGACGCAACUCCAACGCAUCUCGAACGACGCCGGCAUGCCGAUCGUCGGCAAUCCGUGCUUCUGCAAGUACGCCGUCGGCGUCGAACAAGUCGAGCCCAUGUUCAAGUACUUGAAGCAAAACUAUCCGGACAUUCAAUUGGUCGUCGUCGUUUUGCCCGGCAAGACUCCGGUUUAUGCCGAAGUCAAGCGCGUCGGAGACACCGUCCUCGGCAUUGCGACCCAGUGCGUCCAGGCGAAGAACGCGAUCCGUACCACUCCGCAGACCCUCUCCAACCUCUGCCUCAAGAUGAACGUCAAACUCGGUGGAGUCAAUAGCAUUCUGCUGCCGAAUGUGCGCCCACGCAUCUUCAACGAGCCGGUCAUCUUCUUCGGAUGCGACAUCACGCACCCACCGGCCGGCGACUCGCGCAAGCCCUCCAUCGCCGCCGUCGUCGCCUCGAUGGACGCGCAUCCGAGCAGAUACGCGGCCACUGUCCGUGUCCAGCAACACCGUCAGGAGAUCAUUUCGGAUCUGACCUACAUGGUCCGCGAGCUGCUCGUCCAAUUCUACCGCAACACCCGCUUCAAGCCGGCGCGCAUCGUCGUCUACCGUGACGGAGUGUCCGAAGGACAGUUGUUCAACGUGUUGCAGUACGAGUUGCGUGCGAUCCGCGAGGCUUGCAUGAUGCUCGAGAAGGGCUAUCAGCCGGGCAUCACGUUCAUCGCCGUCCAGAAGCGACACCACACGCGUCUGUUCGCCGUCGACCGCGGCGAUCAGGUCGGCAAAGCGUUCAACAUUCCGCCCGGCACCACCGUCGACGUCGGCAUCACGCAUCCGACCGAGUUCGACUUCUACCUGUGCUCACACGCCGGCAUCCAGGGAACGUCGCGUCCGUCGCACUACCACGUGCUGUGGGACGACAACAAUUUGACGGCCGACGAGCUGCAACAGCUCACCUACCAAAUGUGCCACACGUACGUCCGCUGCACGCGGUCCGUCUCGAUCCCGGCGCCAGCGUACUACGCGCAUCUCGUCGCGUUCCGUGCUCGCUACCAUCUGGUGGAUCGUGAACACGAUUCGGGAGAAGGAUCGCAGCCGUCCGGCACCUCCGAAGACACCACACUCUCCAAUAUGGCCAGAGCCGUACAGGUAAGCAUUGUGGGGAGGGGCGCCACAAAACGUGCGUUUGCACCGGAGUGUUGUCGUCGACAGAAUUCAAUCGAUAAUGUCUCUCUUAUUGCAGGUUCAUCCGGACGCCAACAACGUCAUGUACUUUGCCUAA